GCAGGAAGGGGGUGACAUCUUCAGGGCAGGAUCUGACCCAGCCGGUAGCGGGGGAUUCUUGACGUGAGAUUCUUACCAGGGUGCUGGUUCCUACAGGAUGAGUGGGAUAUGUGGGGAACAGCCGCAGAAGGGUCAUGGCAGUGGGGCAGGGGCAGCGCCCAUCCCAAGGGCCCCCCAUACCCCAGGCAAGGGUAGCCACCCUGGAGUGCCAGGGGGAAAGGGACCUCCCUGGGCAUGGUCCUGGGAGCAGGAUGAGGAGUGUCAGUGGGAACCUCAUGGGUCAGGGUGGUCCUGGGAGCAGGAUGAUGCGUGUCUAUUGGUUGCGAAACACUUGGGAAGUAGGAUGAGGGCUGUCUAUGGGACCCCCUGGGUUAGGGUGGUCAUGGGAACAGGUCUGUGGGGUUCCAGCGGAUCAGGGUGGUCCUGGGAGUGGGGUGAGGUGUGCCUGUGGGGUCCCAGUGGGUCAAAGUUCAUGGUGGUGGUUUGGUGGCCGUGGGAAUUCUCCAGUGCCACUGUCCCAUGGGGGAGGUCCCAUCCCAUCCUAUCCUAUCCCAGCCCUUGUCCCCACUGCCAGCCCCAUGGAGGCGGGGCCCAAUCCUGCCCACCCCUGGCCGUGGGGCCCAGCCACUGGCCCCACAGCAUUUAGGGGCCCCCGAGCCUCAGCAGUGGCCACCUGGACUCGUGCUCCUGCAGCCCCUGCGCAGCUCCCAAGCACCACCACACUCUCCAUGGAGACCGGCAGCUCCUUCCAACAGCUUGGCAUGCAGCAGCCCCUCGAGCCCCCUGGGCAGCAGCCCCUGGGCUAUGGCAAGUGCAGCACCGCGGGCAGUGAUCCCGGCAAAGACGUUGGGAAAGCUGCCGGGUGCAGUGGAGGUGGUGGGAUCGGGAAGGGACCAGUGCCGUUGGUCUGCAGCACUGUAUGCGGGAACCCCUAUGCUGGGCUGGUGAGCCACCUGCGGGCAUCCUGGCUCUCUGGAAAGACACGGCCCCUGGAAUACCGCACGGCCCAGCUGGAGGCCCUGGGACGCUUCCUGGAUGAUAAGAAGGAGGAGAUCCUGGAGGCCACCGCUGCGGACAUGGGCAAGCCGUCCUUUGAGGCUUACUUCACCGAGAUCCUCCUCUGCAAGAAUGAGCUCAACGUCACCCUCAACAACCUGUGCCACUGGAUGAAGGACGAGCACGUGGACAAGAAUCUGGUGACGCAGCUGGACUCCGCCUUCAUCCGCAAGGAUCCGUACGGGGUGGUGCUCAUCAUAGCGCCCUGGAACUACCCCAUCCACCUUUUCCUGGUGCCCCUCAUCGGGGCCAUUGCUGCCGGGAACUGUGUCAUUGUGAAACCCUCAGAGAUAUCCAAGAACACCGAGAGACUCGUUGCUGAAACGCUGAGCUGUUACCUGGACAAUGACUGCUUUGCUGUGGUGACUGGAGGUGUGCAGGAGACCACAAGGCUGCUGGAGAACAAGUUCGACUACAUCUUCUUCACUGGCAGCCCCCGGGUGGGGCGGAUCGUGAUGACGGCCGCUGCCAAGCACCUGACGCCGGUGACGCUGGAGCUGGGGGGCAAGAACCCCUGCUACGUGUCCGACACCUGCGACGUGCCCAACGUGGCUCGGCGCGUGGUCUGGGGCCGCUUCUUCAACGCGGGGCAGACCUGCAUCGCACCUGACUACCUGCUCUGCAGCCUGGAGAUGCAGGAGAAGCUCAUGCCCGCCCUGCGCGAGGCCAUCGUGGAGUUUUUUGGCCCCAACCCCCAAGAAUCCCCGGAUUUUGGGCGCAUCGUGGGGGACAAGCAGUUCCAGCGGGUGCGGAAGCUGCUGUGCAGCGGGCGUGUGGCCAUCGGGGGACAGACGGACGAGGCUGAGCGCUACAUCGCUCCCACAAUCCUGGCGGAUGUGCAGCCCUCAGACCCUGCCAUGCAGGAGGAGAUCUUCGGGCCCAUCCUGCCCAUCGUCGUCGUGGCCAACAUGGAUGAAGCCAUUGACUUCAUCAACGCGCGGCCGCGGCCCUUGGCCGUCUACGCCUUCUCCUGUGACAGCAAGGUGGUGAACCAGGUCCUGGAGCGGACGAGCAGCGGCGGCUUCUGCGGCAAUGACACCCUGAUGCACGUGACGCUGACCUCGCUGCCCUUUGGAGGGAUUGGGAACAGUGGCCUGGGAAAAUACCACGGGAAGUUCACCUUCGACACCUUCUCCCACCACCGGGGCUGCAUGCACCGGAACAUGGGGCUGGAGGCCCUCAAUGCCCCGCGCUACCCGCCCUACACCCAGCAGAAACUGGGGCUCGUCACGGCCACCUUCGAGGUCAAGCGCAAGGGCACCUGCACUCUGCUCUGAGGGUCCCACGUCCUGCUCCGAGGGUCUCCAUGCACAGAGUCGGUGUGGAGAACCAGGACUGUCCCCGGAUCCUCACCGUGUCCUUUGCCUCGCUGGAGCACGUUGGACAGCCGGGAUGGAUGCCCUGUCCUGCACGCUUGUGGCCUCUGCUCUGGACCAUUUUCUAGGACACAGCUGAAAUGGCCCAGAAACUCUUUUUCCUCUUCCUGGUGGAGAAAUGGUCCCAUCAGCUCCAUCUCCCAUCACAUGGACCUUUCCUUGGGGAUGAUCCUCCUUCUCCUCACUGUUGCUCUUUCCUCCAUGUAACUCUGCCUAUAGUAAAGACUUUGCAUUGAGCUGUC